UCCAUGACUGUGGGGGACUUUCCGAACGUUCACCAUAUCCAUGGAAUUGGAAGAGGAGGUACCUUCAUUGUUAUGGGGCUUGGACCCUGUCUUCUCAGCCUUCACAAGAAUGUACAUUAAAGAUAUACAAGAAAUGAAAGAGUCUAAGCAGGUGCCAGGUAUAUUCUUUUACAAUAGACAUCCAAUAAGGCAAGUGGAUGUUCUUGGAACCGUAGUUCUAACCAAAGAACGAGACGCCUGUCAUACUUAUGGAGUGGAUGAUGGCACAGGAAUUAUAAACUGCACCUGCUGGAAAAAUCCUGUGGCAGAACAGAAGUCUUUGUCAGAUUAUGACUCUCACCAUGGUACCUCGAGUAGCCUGGCUCUAUUUGAACAGAUGAGGAAGCUCCAAGAAGUGAUUCGGCUGAAAAGUAGACUGGAUAUUGGUGAUGUAGUGAGAGUCCGUGGUUGCAUUAGAAUCUAUAGACAGAAGCGAGAAAUCAGCGCCUCCAUGUAUUACAAAAUCAAUGAUCCUAUCUGUGAUGCUCAGAUUUCAAGGAUGCUAGAACUCCCCCAUCUAUACCGAGAGAUUUAUGAUAAGACAUUCCAGCUCCCAGAAGAGAGGCAGAGUGAUCAAGACUCAGCAGCCAUGUUGGGCUCCAUCACUGUACUGAGUGAAAAAAUAAUGGACUUCCUAUCAGGGAACAAAAUUCAGAACUUCUAUCAGCAGGAACUAGAAACUGUGGAUUCAUUGGUGUCACUAAUCAGGCAGUGUGGAUCCAGAACCACCUCUGAGCAAAUGGAUUUCAAAGCUGGCCUCAAUGCCAAACUGAUCAGGAGCUCAUUCACUGAAGCAAUUAAGGUGCUCCAGGAAAAGGGUGCUCUUUUCCAGAAAUCAAAGGAUCCCAAUGAUGUCUACUGUGUGACCAAGGAGGAUAAAGAAUUGUACAGAGUGACCCUUGAAAUAAUCAAAGGCGACUGUAAGAGGCCAAAGUAUGCUGAGAAGGGCUGCCAUCUUCGCCACAUUCUCAGCUGCGUUCAGCAGAACUACAGCUGUUUUGUCACGGAAGCUGUGAUCCAUUACCUCCUGGACCUGAUGGAGAGCAACAGUGAUGUCGUCACUGCCAUGGAGGAAUAUUACACUGUCUUUUAAGGCCUGGGCUUCCAGAGAUGAAACUUUACCCAGUGGCUAUGAACAGCAGGGGCAACUGCAACACCCUCAAAGACUUGGCUGAAUUCCUACUUUAUAU